AUGAGAACUCUUCAGCCAAUUUUAGUGCAAGUACUUGUCAUCCUGUUCCUUGUGGAAUUGGCAAUGAGUUUGCUGACCGAUUUGGAAUGGGACGAGUACAAGGACAGAUACAAAAAGCACUACACUUCAGACGACAAAUACCACCGGGAGUUAUUGGACCGCAGGAUCCAAGCUGUGGUCGAACACAACAGGCUCUAUUCGCAGGGCAAAGUGGGAUUCCGGAUGGGCAUAACCGAGUUCUCCGACACCGAUCAGGGUAUACUCUUCAGCUUUCGAUCGGUGCAGCCAUCGCCCCCGGAACCGAAUGUUGGAGAAACCACCGUAGAGAAACCACCGGGAUAUAAGCAAUACGACCAGAUAACCGAAGGAAUAGACUGGCGGCAGUACGGCUACAUCUCUGAGGUCGAGAAUCAGGGCACCGAAUGCCUAAGCUGCUGGGCCUUCUCCGCCUCGGGAGCCCUGGAGGCACAUCUGGCGAAGAAGCACUCCCGCCUGGUGCCCCUUUCCGCCAAACAUUUGGUGGACUGCGUACCCUAUCAAAACCAAGGUUGCAAAGGUGGUUGGGUGAGCUUAGCUUUUAAGUACAUAAGGGAUCACGGCAUUUCCACCAAGUAUGCCUAUCCCUACGACCUAAAGCAAGGGCAUUGUUUGUGGAAGUCAAUUUUACCAAGCAAAUUUUUUUGUGUGUAUGUUACACUGAAUAACUACGACGAAAGGGAACUGGCCGAAGUGGUCUACAACAUUGGACCUGUGGCAGUGUCCAUUGACCAUCUUCACGAGGAAUUCAUCCAAUACUCAGCCGGUAUCUUGAGCAUUCCGACAUGCAGGUCAGAGAGGAGCAAACUAAGACACUCCGUGCUCGUGGUGGGAUUUGGAACCGAUGCAAUGGGAAACGACUACUGGCUAAUCAAGAACUCCUAUGGAACAGAAUGGGGCGAGAAUGGAUACCUUAGACUGGCUAGAAAUGCCAACAACAUGUGUGGCGUGGCCUCCCUUCCACAAUAUCCACUUGUAUAA